AUGAUCAGCUGGCAGAUCUGGGCGAUCGCCUUCUUGCCCGUCUACCUGGCCUGCGUCCGCAUCCAACGCUUCUCCCGCUACAAACACAUCCACAAGCGCUAUGGUACGCGAUACGCCCUGCCCAGCACCGGUGCCGACCCCGGCAAGCCGCGUAUGAUCGACUCGUACAAAGGCGUUCGCGAUGCUCAGCGGAUCGUUCGGCUUUCUGCCGCCAUGGACGUUCCCUUUGUCUUCACCAAGUCGCUCGAGUUCGCGCUCUUCCGCACGUACGGUAUCCCGACCAUCUCAAGUCUCCUUCUGCACACCGGGCAGCUCGGCAAGGCGGAGAAUGCAGGUCGAAGAUAUGUCGAUACCGCCGGACUCAUUCAGGCGUUUAUGACCUAUCCUGUGCCUCGGCUGGAUCUACCCGACGGCGGCGAAGCAGACUCCACGAAACUCGAGGGCGACAACUGGGAGCUGUUUGGCGAAGACCCUCACGAUCCUCGCUCGUCCAUCGCUCUGGCUCGCGUCAACUACCUGCACGGCAGAUGGAAGAGCAAGAUCUCCAACGACGACCUGCUCUAUACGCUCAGCACGUUCAUCAUCGAGCCCGCCAAAUGGAUCGACCGCUACGAAUGGCGUCCGCUCUCAGCACUCGAAAAGGAAGCCCUAUUCGCGCUUUUCUAUCACAUCGGUCGGUGCAUGGGAAUCGCCGACAUUCCCGAAACGCUCGACGAGCUGAUGGAAUGGAGUGUCACCUACGAGAAGAACUACAUGCGUUUCCAGGAGUGCAACAAGGAGGUGGCGGACCACACGACCAACCUGCUCAUGUAUGCGCUACCUUCCUGCCUCCACGGGUUCGCGCGCAACCUCGUCUCCUCGCUGAUGGACGACCGUUUACGAGAAGCGAUGGGCUAUCCACUCGCCCCUUCGUGGGUGGUCACCUUCAAAGACGCCCUCUUUAGCGCCCGCGCAUUGUUCAUCCGUCACCUGCUGCUGGCCCGAUCCAAGCCGUUGAGCAACAUCCCCAUCGCGGCCGACGAAAAGGGUCUCGUCUUCUCCAUCGAGUCCCUUCUCUCUGACGGCAUCCCCUCUGUGUGCCCUGCGUCCGGCGCCCGUGCAUCGGACGGCAAAACAUGUCCCGUUGGCGGCCACCUCUCCCCGGUUUCGGGCGAAAAGACGUUCAAACCGGCCCCCUGGCGAAUGGAGCUCGCGUGGUACGAAAAUGAGCCGGUGUACUCGCGACCUUUCCCCAAAGGCUCCGCGGGCUGGCUCUUCGAGGAACUGAGGAUCGCACUCGGACUGUUGGCCAAGGAGGACAGACGAGGGGCGCAAAGGUGGAUGCCAGCAACACUGCCGUUGCAGGCGGCAGGCGCAGCGCCAACCCACGGCCUCGGCGGAUUCAGACUCGAAGAGAUGGGGCCGAAGGGUCUCGAGUUGAAGGGGAGGAAGGAGGUGCUUGAGAAUGCGGAGAAGCUGCACGGUGGGAAGAUCGAGGGUCGAUGGGCGUUCGAGGUUUGA